AUGGGUCUAUUUUCGAAAAAAAAGGCAGAUCCACAACCUGCAAGAAAGGAUCUAAUCCCAUGUGAUAAAAUGAUCCUAUCACCACCAGAAUCAUACGGUAAACCCACACCAUUCCCCAAAAUCACAAAGGAACAAAACGUCCUAUACAGACAAGUCCUCAAACAUUUCCAAGAUGAAAACUUAAAACUUCCAUUAAACACAAACGAUCUUAACAACAACAGUACAGCAGAUUCAACCACCUCAUCAUCAAUCGGUUUGAAACCAUUGGGUCCAUGGGAAAAAUUUUGGCUAAGUAGAGAAUGUAUAUUAAGAUACUUACGUGCCACGAAAUGGAACCCGACACACGCAAUUAAAAACUUGACAGAAACAUUAGUAUGGAGAAGAGAAAUUGGUCUAACAUAUGAUUCCAACGAUCCAAAUCAAUUGACCCCAGAUAAAAUUGCAGUAGAAAAUGAAACAGGUAAAGAAUUCCUACUAGGGUUCGAUAAUGCCAAGAGACCAUUGUUUUAUAUGAAGAAUGGUCGUCAAAAUACAGAACCUUCAUUUAGACAAGUACAACAAUUGAUCUUCAUGAUGGAAGCUGCUGUGUCAUUGACUCCACAAGGUGUGGAGAAAAUUACCGUGUUGGUUGAUUUUAAAGCUUAUAAAGAACCGGGAAUUAUUACUGAUAAGGCCCCUCCUAUUUCCAUUGCGAGGGCUUGUUUGAAUGUAAUGCAGAAUCAUUAUCCUGAAAGAUUGGCUAAAUGUGUGUUGAUUAAUAUACCAUGGUUUGCUUGGGCUUUUUUGAAAUUAAUGUAUCCAUUUUUGGAUCCUGCAACAAAGGAAAAGGCAAUCUUUGAUGAACCUUUUGAAAAUCAUAUUGAACCUUCUCAAUUAGAAGCAAUGUACAAUGGGAGAUUGGAUUUUAAAUAUAAUCAUGAUGUGUAUUGGCCUGAUAUGAAUGAAAAAUUGACAAAUAAACGUAAUGCAGAAUUCAAAAGAUUUGAGAAAUUCGGUGGACUCAUUGGGUUAAGUGAAUUCGAUUUUAAAGGAGAUCAUGAAGAAUUAUUAUAUCCAGUUGAAAUGGACCUUUGUACUUGA